CCGAGCAACUGAAACACUGAAGAUGUCUACGAUAAAAAGUAAACUCUGACAGGUGAAAUUUGUUAAAAAAAAAAAAAAAAAAAAAGGAAUUUCACACGCCAUGGCGACUCCUCCGAGACAUGCAGAAAACUCGUUGAAGAUGGAGGGGAGCGCCGUGGAGGAUAUGGACAGUAUUCAGAUGUUACGAGAGAAACUUCAGUGUCUUUCUACAGAGGACGUAACAGACAGAAGAGUGCUGCGAUCCAGGAUAGAUGAACAGUCAAGUUUGAUCUGCAUGCUGAAACAGAGAGCAGAUGAGAGACUUCUCCAAUAUCAAGCCCUGCAGAAAGUCAAUACAGAGCUUGAGGAGCAAGCAGCACACCGUCAGGAAGAACUGGACGGUGAAAAAAAGAAAAGAGAGGAAACAGAGAAAAGCUUUCAGGAUUUAGCUAUCAUCACUCAAGGAAUUAUUGAGUUCAUGGAGGAGCACAAAAAAGAGAAUGUCCAGUUAAAGCUGGAAAAUGAACAAUUGCAGAAAGAAAAUCAGUCACUUUUCUCCCAAAAGUUACACGAUAAAGAAGUGCAUGUUCAAAAACUAAUGCAAGACAUCAAACUGCUGACGGAGAAAUACACAAAAAAAGAAAAUGAAUAUCGGGAGAAAUUAGCAGGAUGGGAGUCAAAAAUCCUGGAACAAGCAACUCAGCAUAAAGCCGAGGAAAGUUCAUUACUCGAUCAGUUGCAUGCUGCUCAACAACAGCACAGAGAAGGUGUAGAACUAUGCAAAGACCUGAAGCAGAAGCUGCAAGAGGCCGAAGAACAGCUUGCUUUGAAGGAAACCGACACCAGAGAAAGCUUGACAAAUCUCACCGACGAGAAGGACGAACUAUUGUGUCUUUGUAUAGAAAGAGGCAAAGUAAUACAGGAAAAACAAGAGGCAAUCCAGCAGCUGGAGAGAAGCUGGAAAGAAGAGAAGAAAGCCCGGAUCAAAGCACAGGAGAGGUUUGAACUGGAAGCAGAAGCAGUUAACACAGAUGUAAGAGUGAAGUCUCUCCAGUCUGCUCUUGGUGAAUCCAAGACAAAGUUUGAGAAGCUGAAUAUGGAGUUUGAUGCCUUCAAGGAACACAGCACCAACCUCCUGACACAGGAAAGGCAGUUAAAUAAGACGCUUCGCCUUGUGAUAGGCUAAACUUCAGUAUUACUUUGUUUUAAUCCAAACAAACAUUAUACCAAGUAUGUGUACUUGCUGUAGGUGCCAACACUGAAAACAGUAAAUAAACAAUGGCAAAAAUGUUACAUAUCCAAA